CCUCCCCUCAGUCCCUUUCCCCUUCCCCACCCCGCCCCGCCGGGCCAGCGCAAGCCGUCGCCCGCCCUCGGCAACCGCCCCCAACGGCCGCCCGCGCGCCGCGGGCUGGGCCCCUCGCUCCUCCUCUCAGGCCCCGCGGGCGCCGGGCGCUCUCCUCCCCGCGCCUCGUACUCUCACACCUCGCGGGCACGCGGGCGAGCGGCGCCGCCAUGCGCGCCCAGUUCCAGGCUGCACACUGGCCUAGGCGCGGCGGCCCGAGAUAGGGUCCCCUGAGCCUCCCGGGGGAGGAGAGGAGCCAGCCGCGCGCUCCGCCCCCUCCCCCCGGGGUUGCCGGCGCCGCCGCCGCCGCCACCUCGCCGCCCCAGCCAGGCGGGGAGGAGGAGGAGGAGGAGCAGGAGCAGGCCUCCGGACCCCCGCACCGCUGCCCGCAGGACAUUUCUGAUUGAUUGCAUCCUUGAAGAGCAUCAGUAGAAGAGGAAAAAAAAGAUGGGUGUGAAAACAUUUACUCACAGCUCCUCUUCCCACAGCCAGGAAAUGCUGGGAAAACUAAAUAUGUUACGAAAUGAUGGACAUUUUUGUGAUAUCACUAUUCGUGUCCAGGAUAAAAUCUUCCGGGCUCAUAAGGUGGUACUAGCAGCUUGCAGUGAUUUCUUUCGCACAAAACUUGUGGGCCAAGCAGAGGAUGAGAACAAAAAUGUGUUGGAUCUUCAUCAUGUUACAGUGACUGGCUUUAUACCUCUUUUAGAAUACGCUUACACAGCCACUCUGUCAAUUAAUACAGAAAAUAUUAUUGAUGUUCUAGCUGCAGCCAGCUAUAUGCAAAUGUUUAGUGUUGCUAGUACCUGUUCAGAGUUCAUGAAAUCAAGUAUUUUGUGGAAUACACCCAAUAGCCAACCAGAAAAGGGUCUAGAUGCUGGGCAAGAAAAUAGUUCUAAUUGCAAUUUUACUUCUCGAGAUGGAAGUAUUUCUCCAGUGUCUUCAGAGUGCAGUGUUGUGGAAAGGACCAUUCCUGUCUGCCGAGAAUCCCGGAGGAAACGCAAAAGCUACAUUGUGAUGUCUCCCGAGAGUCCUGUAAAAUGUAGCACACAAACAAGUUCACCCCAGGUAUUGAAUUCCUCAACUUCCUAUGCAGAUAAUAGAAAUCAGCCAGUUGACUCUUCCUUAGCUUUUCCAUGGACUUUCCCUUUUGGAAUUGAUCGAAGGAUUCAGCCUGAGAAAGCAAAGCAGACAGAAAAUACCCGGACUUUAGAGUUGCCUGGCCCGUCUGAGGCAGGUAGAAGAGUGACUGACUACGUGACUUGUGAGAGCACAAAAGCUACCUUGCCUCUAGGUACAGAAGAAGAUGUGCAGGUCAAAGUAGAAAGAUUAAGUGAUGAGGAAGUCCAUGAGGAAGUGUCCCAGCCUGUCAGUGCGUCUCAGAGCUCACUGAGUGAUCAGCAGACAGUGCCGGGAAGUGAGCCAGUUCAAGAGGACCUUCUGAUUAGUCCACAGUCUUCCUCUAUAGGCUCAGUAGAUGAAGGAGUUACAGAGGGGUUGCCUACACUUCAAAGCACUUCUAGCACCAAUGCUCAUGCAGACGAUGACGACAGAUUGGAAAAUGUUCAGUAUCCCUACCAACUCUACAUUGCUCCUUCUACCAGCAGUACAGAACGACCAAGUCCAAAUGGUCCAGACAGACCUUUUCAAUGUCCAACCUGUGGGGUUCGAUUCACCCGUAUUCAGAACCUAAAACAGCACAUGCUUAUCCACUCAGGAAUUAAACCAUUUCAGUGUGACCGCUGUGGAAAAAAGUUCACCAGGGCUUACUCGCUAAAGAUGCAUCGCCUAAAGCAUGAAGGUAAACGCUGUUUCCGGUGCCAGAUAUGUAGUGCCACUUUCACUUCCUUCGGGGAAUAUAAACACCAUAUGAGGGUUUCCCGGCACAUUAUCCGCAAGCCUCGGAUUUACGAGUGCAAAACAUGUGGCGCCAUGUUCACCAACUCUGGAAAUUUAAUCGUGCACCUGAGGAGUCUGAACCAUGAAGCAUCAGAGCUAGCAAACUACUUCCAGAGCAGUGAUUUCUUAGUGCCGGACUACUUAAACCAGGAGCAAGAAGAGACUCUUGUUCAGUAUGAUCUUGGAGAAAACACUUUUGAAAGCAACUCUUCUGUUCAAAUGCCUGUGAUUUCACAGGUCUCCUCAACCCAGAAUUGUGAAAGUUCUUUCCCUUUGGGGUCUCUUGGUGGGCUUGCAGAGAAGGAGGAGGAUGUGCAAGACCAGCCAAAGACCAGUGCUCAUGCUGAGGCCACCCAAGAUGACCCCCCAAAGUCAGAGCUGUCUUCUAUAACUAUCGAGUAAUUUUGUGAUUUGGCCUUGGUUUUGGUUUUUGGAAAGUGCCUGUGCUUGGUCUUUAAUGUUUAAAGUUAACUUUUUAAACAAAGAAGGGUGCCCUUUGUAAGCCCUGAAAUUGGAGGGUUGCUUUGUUUUUGUUUUUUUUUUUUCAUAGCUGAGAGAUUGCUUCUGUAUGUAUACAAUAAGGUAACAUUGAAACAGAAUAUAAACUCUGAGAGUUAAAGAGAAGCAGCUGAUUUCAAACAUGGCAAUUCUUCCCAUUGUUAAAGUGGGCAGCAGCAGAUACAGAAGAAACCAGGUUAUUGUUGACUUUCCUGAGAUAAGAGGGCUCAUGGGAAGUUAGUAAACAGAAUUUGACAAUGCCUAAGUAAAUGUUUACUCCUAGAUGCAGGGUGUUAUAAACCCUGUAGUUUUGGAAGUAUUUAUGGUAAUUUUUUCAAAUGAAGGUAAAUAACUUUUGAAAUCCAGCAUAUUCUUUUUUUAAGCCAUUAUGAAUUUUCAUGGUGAAAAAUGGGUAUCGGGCAGGCAUUUCCUGUACCUUUAUAGUACCACUCCAAAGGCUAAGAGGUGUGAUUGAGAGAAGUCAGGCUGUGCAUGGAAUGGCCAGGGUACAGAAUGAGGUAUGUAUACCCCAGCUUUAUAGGAAUUGUUUUAAUACUGUUUUUCUUACUAGAAUGAAUGUUUACCUGGCCUUUGAAUGCUGAUACCUGGCUAACUAGGACAUUGCCCAGAUAAGUGUCCUAUUGUCCCAUCAACAGUACUUUCACUUGCAUAUACUAUUGUGCUGCCAUAUAAAAGAAAAAUAUUGAAGAUAUUCUAUAUUUUAUAUAUAGGUUUAUGUAUUGUUGGGGAUGUUUAUGCUGUGCUGUUUUGGACAAAAUAAAAGAAUUCUGUUUUGAGGCUACAUUCUUAACCCAACUAAGAUUGUUUACAAGAUCACAUAUGACAACAGUACAUUGUCCUUAUUCUAAAAUGGUUUGAGGUAUUGCCAAGUUUGUUAAAAGCGGUUAUAGUUUUCACAGGAUGUAAGCAAUAAUGUGAGAGAUAAGAAGAGGUUGUAAGAUGAUCAUCCGUGACGCAGAAAUUGGGGGUUAUUAAAGACUAAAACCUAAAAACUUUGCUACUCAGAUGAUAACAUUUAUAUGAUACCCUAGAUUGGUAUAUACUUUUUUUAUCUGGUGCCAUUAAAGCCUCUUUGAUCUGAAAUAUUCAUGAGUCCAUGAAUAAUAAACUUUUGAGUAAUUUUUCUGUAUAGAAAAUCACCCCGUUUCAUUAUUAUGAUAGCACCUGAUGGGUUAGAAAAUAGAAACAACAUAUGUUUGUUGUUUGUUUGACUUUGGAUACUUUCUUCUGUUUUGUGACAGGAUCAUAUGUCGCCAUAUGAUAGGCUGGCCCAGAACUCAUGAUCCUCUUGCCUCAGUUCCCUCACAGCUCUUGCUAGCAUUAUAUAUUAUAGACACUUGUCACCAUACCCAGAGGAAACUAUAGUUUCUUAGUCAAACACAUGAUCUGAAUUUUGUUCCAAUGCCAGACCUUACUUACUUUUUACAUUAUAGUAGCCUAUUUCUUUAAAAUUCAUUGAUUCUGUAAUUUAGUUUCUUUCUCUUUGUCCAUAUUUUGCUACCUUACUUCUACUUUUUCUUCUUAAUAUUGAGAAUUGGACCCAGGACCUUGGACAGCAUGAGCAGACGAUCUUUCACUGAGACACAACCCUUUCCUUUCUUUCCAGUUUUUCAUCUGACUCACUUGCUCCCAAGCAUAGAGAAAAAUCAACUAUGAAAGUCAGUAAUUUUUACUUUACUGCCAAAAAUGAUAUUCUAAAACUGUGCCUACUAAUAAGUAAAUUCUAAAACUCAGAAUGAGUUUGUUUAGAAUGACAAAGAUGUAUUAAAUUCUUGUGAUCAAGAAUUAUAUUUUUGGUUCCAAGUUUUAUUGUUAAGAGUCACAAAAAAGAAGAAGUAAGAAUAAAUCAGAGACGAACUGUUGAAUUCUUUUCAGAUUUUUUGGUUGAAAGUGUUUCAGUCUACCCUCUCCUAAGAAUUCUUGAGUUAGGAUGUCCCUGGAAGCCCCCUGUGAAGGACACUCCUCACUGUGAACUUUCAUUGCUGAUGACAAAUCUUGUAGCCAGCCUUUGUGAAAGAUUGGAGUAUACCGUGAAAACACUUGUAGUUAGUUGCCAACUGCCCAAAUAUUUCUGUUCCAGUGAGAAUCUACAUCUUGACAUUUGUUUAUGGGUCUAUAAUAGGAAACGCAACUGCAAGAGAUCAUUUUAUAUGUAGUAACAUUUAGUGUUUAUUGAAAGUUGAUGUCAGAAAGAAUGCCUAGAUAAGUACUUUAUACCAGAAUGUAUGGAAAACAUUUUGAAGAGAUGAAAACCAGUCAUAUGAUCCCUUCCAUAGAAACCACCACGGUAACCAAGCAGAAGAGCAUUCUUGUUUAUAAUAUUUAAGGUAACUAUCUUUCAUAAGGCCUAAGAGGGUAACUUUGUGAUAUUUAAAGGGCUUAAAUUUUAGAAUGAAGGAUAUAUUACUUUUUUUCAAAAGCUAAGCAUUUUAUACAAGAAAAGCUUUUGUUUUCAGUUUUUUCCCAAUUAUCAAAUGGAUAGGAUGUGUUUGAGGAGUAAGGUUUUUGCCAUGGUAUUAGGUCUGGCCCCCUCCUGUCACAUUGUAAAUCCAAAUGCAUAUCACUUGUAUAUGCCAGUGAUUCUACUGAUGCAAAGACAAAUUGACCAUGGCUUUUACUUUCUGCUUUUAAACUUUUCAAGAAAUGAAUGUAGAUAAAUGUUGCUAUCCACAAAUGUGUUUGGAUGAAUAUCUCUUAUUUGGCCAUUUUAAGUAGUCCCAGUUUUUAUUUCAAGUAACCACAGUUCAUUAUAUUAACUCACUUUUGUUUUGGGUUUUUGGAGGGUGGCGUUUGCUUUUAAGUUCACAGUUUUGUUAAAACAAAAUGAACUAAAAUAUUUAAAUGGCCUCAUUUCAGUCUUAAGUUUGAACAUAACUCCCAUUAAAUAGGUUCAAUGUUAAGAUACUUUGUUAUUAAAGACCAACAAACAAAAAUACUUGUAUUUUAUUAAUGUUUUAUGAAAUAGAGUGAAGUAAUCAAUGCCUCUGAUGAGCUGAGUCAUUGGUAACCCGGUUACUGUCUAAACUGCUGAGCCAGGCUCUCCUGUUCCCGAAACUGAUCCCAUUCCUAUAGUAAGUCUUUCGCUCCUUUAAAAAAAAAACUUAUUUUAUUCUAUUAAUCUAAUAGGAGCUACUUGUGCAGUUUGUGGCUUCUGUGUUGGUUUAGUCUGUUAGCUGUGAGUUUCCACAAGGUCCGUCACCGUGCAGUGUCAUGGUAGACGGCAGGUCUCUACUAGUGUCACAGGAUUGUUUCUUAGGACGACAGAUGAACGGUCCUGAUAUUUUAACUGAAGAGAUUUUGAUUUGUGGAAGUAGUGAACAGGCGUAUUGGAAAUUUCCAUUGGUACUACAUCAUCUGAGUGAAGGAACGAGUUUUGAGCUCUUAACUCGGGGUGGGGAAGAGAUUAGGAAAGCUCACAUACGGAGCAAACCGCCCAAAGGUGGAGGAGGAAAAGGGGUUCUCAAGGUAAGUUGUUGACAUCAGGGUUUUUUUAUAUUUUCAUAAUUACUAAGAGAAUGUGUAGAAGCCAGAAGGCACUGGAAGAAUUGAGGGAUCAGAGAGACUUUAUCAUGGUAAAGACAACUAUGAGGAACAUUUAUUUACCACUAAACACGGGUUUUAGGAAAGAUCAUCAAAAUUAAGAUUCCUUAUUUUGCUUUUAUUAGGAUUUAUCAGUGUCAUUCUUAACAGAAUGUAGUGACACAGAUUUAAAAAAAAAAAAUCCUCAGCAAAAUAGUUCAACUAAACAGUGAAGUGGGGCUGAGCCAGUCCUCAUACAGGCUGGGGCAGGCUGGGGGUGUUUCACUACAUAGAGGGUAAGAUUUUUGCUGUGACCUUGAAGAGUUAAACUAUGCUGAACAAGGGAUUGGUACCAGCUAUCACCAGGAGUUAUACUUUUUAUUUAUUAAUUUAUACUAAUGUGAUAAGUUAGAUGUUUCCCCUAUAUCAUAAUUCUGUCUUUAUAACAGAAAAAGAUAGUUCCAUAGUUUUAGAAAUAGUUGCUGUAGCAAUUUCAGACAGUGCACUGGAGCUUUGGUUUUGGCAACAUCUGGGCAGCGAAGCUAUCUUCAUUUGUUUCUGUGACUUCAUCACACUCUGAGUAAGGCCCAGGCCCGCAGACACCAGGCUUCCUGUACACAACAGUUUACAAAGAACUUAGUUCAGACCAUGGUUGAAAACAUUGAAAUUAAUAUUUUUAUUAAUUAAAAAUAAAAUAUAAAAUUUAAGAUGAAAUUUUCUUUUUAAUUUUAGUGCCUAGUUUAUAUAAAGUCAAGUCCUUUAUUUCUUUAUUAAGUUAACUAGCUUUGCUAAGCCUAAAGCCCUGGGCUCAGUUGUGAUGUCUUACUGGUAAAAUCACUGAUAAUCAUUUGAGGAGCUAUAGUAUCAUGACUCUUACUAAACUCCUUUGUUUUUUCAAAUGCCAGUCUGACCGUACCUAGAACUUGAAAAGUCAUCGUGUGAAUGAAUGUUGGUUACCAAAUUGCAUCACCUGCUGAGGAGUCGGCCUCCCUGCACUAGGGCGGGUUGUGUUGUCUUCAAGACAGAGAAGCUGUUUUUGUAGUUGUCAUUUCCAGAGAGAGCCUUUUCUGUGACUGGUGUGUGAGCGUGCCUUCUCCAGGACUUUCAUUUUAGGUAGCAGUUUUCAAGUUGACAGACAUCAAGGGACGCCUCUCACACUGAGCAUGCAUUGCAGUCUUGAAAGGUGCACUGCGCUUCUGCUCCCUGCAGUGACUGGCAUCGGAUAUUUAGAAGUGAAAUCUUAAACUUUGGUUUUUGCUUAUACAGAAUGAUGGCUUCUGAUGUUUAAAGAAACAGCAAUCCCUGAUGGGGUAAAAUUUGGUUUUGACCCAAGUUCCAAUGAUGUAUUUAGUUUGCUGGCACUGGUGUCCCUGUUGCAUCAGCUAGAUAUUGCCUGCCUCUUUGUUAGGCACCCUUGUGGCACCUUAUGUUCUCCUUGAGGGAUAGUAUGUGGCCUCUUGGUGCCUCUACUAUCUUUUCAAAAGCCAUUUUAUAAAAAUCUUAGGUACCCUAUUUUAAUAUUUAAAUAUAUAUAUUUGUGAAAAAUACUUUUAGAACAGACUUUUUUUUUAAACAUUAAAAUUCCGGUAUUCCCAUUUUUAAGAGUAAACUAAAGCUUUUCCAGGCUUAGGAAGUAUCUUUUUUUAGACCCGUAAUAAGAAAGUCAGUUUGAGGUAGGAAACUGGAGUUCAGUGGUAGGGAAAAAGAUGUCUGGUGAGGGGAGACAAAUUUAAAGGUGAAAACAAUGGCUUUGAUGUAACAAAGGAAUUUUUAAAAUAGAACUACGGUUUUGUGUCUAAUUUCGUAUUUGCUGCUACAGUAGCUCACUAUUUUACAGGGCUAAUAUAUGAAUCCGGCCCCCUUUAGAAACUGGAGUCCUUUCUAAUAGAAGCAACCUGGAAAGAGACUGCACCAGUCUGCCAGACGGUGGUGGAGUGUUCCGUGUAGCUGAUGUGUGCUUUAAUAUUUGCCUGUAGCUGGCAGCACGGAGGUCAGGGAAGCUUCCUACCCUGCCAGCUAGAGCAGUAACGACACUUGGGGAACUGGCAUCUGUGAAGCAGGCCAAAGAGGGGACUUCUGAGGAGAAAAUGUGAGUUGAGUUACAUGAACGAGUGUUUCCAUGUCCUCUACCCCUCCACUGUGCCAGUCCCCAGCUCACCAGCUUUGUACCAGUUGUCGUCACCUCGUUCAAGUGUAGCUUUACUUGGUGACCGUGGCCAUAGCUAAACUACUUGGCAUGUUUGACUUCCUACAAAUGGUCUUAAAUUUUGUUUUGUUUGAUUUCCUUUAAAAAAAUGUAUACAGUGUCAUACAUAACUUCACAUUUUAUAUACUGGUAUCUGGCUAUUAGUAUUUUACAGAAACCAUGGUUCUUGGUGACUACAUAUAUAUAUAUAUAUUUUUGUGACUUUUUUGUAAACUAAGUGCCGUUUCAACGUUACAAUCAUUUUUAGAGUUAUUGUAAUCAAUGUGAAUAUCAUGUUUUUUCAAAUCUGUUCUGAGCCUAGUGUUUGCUUUGUGAACAUACGUGUAUUGUAUAUAUUCUGUAUAGUUAAUACUGUACUGAAAUAUUAGCUUGUUUGAUAUGAGAAAAGUAUGUAUUGAGUACUUUUUUGCUAGCCUGAUUGCUUAAUCUUUUUUUAAAAAAGAUUUAAACUUUUUUUUAAUCUUUAAACUGGCCUUUAUUACAUGAUCACAAAUAAAGUUGCAGUUAGAAGGGAUGGACAGGUAAAAAUUAAUCUUGAGUGUUUUGGAUAGAAACAUGAGACAAAGAUUGGUUUUUCUUUUUCAUCAUUAAAAUGUCUUACUGGUGUU